AUGGAACCUGUCGAGGAUUCUGCAAAGGAAGACAGUCGAGCUCUAGGAGCAACACUGUUUGUUAUGGCCACAAUCGGCGUCACUAUGUGUAUAAUUGCAAUAAGAGAAGAUUACCGAUUGAGAAAACUGUAUCUAUUUAAAUACUUUAGUCUUUCGCAUGCUAUUAUCCACGGUCUAAAUCAGUUCUUAGUUGUAAUUAUAUUCAUGUCUACGCAGACUUUUGUAGGACAAUGGAUGAAGCCCCAUGUAGUGGGCUAUUUCGCUCUUUCAUUGCAAUUUUCAAGCCUUUACACUUCGAUAACAAUGAGCUUGAAUCGGUUGAUGUCUGAACAUGGAAAAACAAGUGUUCUCAAAAUCAACCUCAUAUUCGUAGAAAUAUGCACUAAAUCAUUCAUAGAAGAUUGCGGCUUUCAUUUUCAACCAAAUGGAGCACUAUUUCACUUUGGUAAAGCACCUUGCGGUGAAUUUGUUUCUCUUUAUAUGGACAUUAUUUUCAACUUAAUCUUAACGUCUAUAGUUGUACCUAUGGACAUCUACUCACUCUAUACCCUAUACAAGUACAGCAAGAGUCGAGUAAUGAGCACAAGACGAGUGAAAACAGAAAAACCAUGGUUUGUUCAGACGCUCUCAAAUUCUUUGAUAUUUGCGUCAAUGCUGUUUUGUUUUCACAUAGCAGUCUUUUUCCCAAAUGGUCUUGGUCCAUUUUUACUUACUGUUGCAGCAUGGGAAUUUUGGCUUAUGUCUCCGCAGAUUGUUGGAGUUUUUGUACAGAAAGAAUACCGCCUUGCAUAUGCGAAGUUAUUUGGGUUGAAAGUAGCAACAAAAACAGAUCUAAUGGUUCAGACAACGGCAACAAAAAAUGCUUGGCAUAGUGUAAAUUCUUAG